UCAGGGCGGAGCUCCGUAUCCAACCCACGGCGGCCGCCAAGUUCUCUGGAUGGGACCAGAAGUUUCUAGCCGGCCAGUUGCUGCCUUCCCUUUAUCUCCUCCUUCCCCUUUGGCAGCGAGGAGGCUAUUUCCAGACACUUCCACCCCUCUUCGGCCACGUCACCCAGUCCUUUAAUUCAUAAAGGUGCCCGGCGCCGGUUUCCCGGACACAUCGACUACGCAGAGGUGCCCGCACUCCACGACCUCGUGACCCGCGCCCUAGCUCCGCGCCCCGGGCGGACCCCAACCCAGCAUGAGCGCCGCCACCCAGUCACCCGUGAUGCAGAUGGCGUCCGGCAAUGGAGCCAGUGACCGAGACCCCCUGCCCCCGGGCUGGGAGAUCAAAAUCGACCCGCAGACCGGCUGGCCCUUCUUCGUGGACCACAACAGCCGCACCACGACGUGGAACGACCCGCGUGUGCCGCCUGCGGGCCCCAAGGAAACUGCAUCCUCUGCCAAUGGCCCUGCCCGUGAAGGCCCCAGGCUGCUGCCCGCUAGGGAAGGCCACCCCAUAUACCCCCAGCUCCGACCAGGCUACAUUCCCAUCCCUGUACUCCACGAAGGCUCCGAAAACCGACAGCCACACCUUUUCCACGCCUACUCCCAGCCUGGGGUGCAGCGGUUUCGAACCGAGGCCGCGACGACUGCUCCGCAGAGGUCUCAGUCUCCUCUGCGUGGCGGCAUGACAGAAGCCACCCAGCCAGAUAAACAGUGUGGACAGGUGCCGGCAGCCGGAGCAGCUCAGCCCCCAGCUGCCCAUGGACCUGAGCGGUCUCAGUCUCCAGCUGCCUCUGACUGCUCAUCCUCAUCCUCCUCGGCUAGCCUGCCCUCCUCUGGCAGGAGUGGUCUGGGUAGCCACCAGCUUCCCCGGGGCUACAUACCCAUCCCCGUGAUCCAUGAGCAAACCAUCACCCGCCCGGCAGCCCAGCCCUCCUUCCACCAAGCCCAGAAGACCCACUACCCAGCUCAACAGGGUGAAUACCAGACCCACCAGCCUGUUUACCACAAGAUCCAGGGGGAUGACUGGGAGCCCCGGCCACUUCGGGCAGCGUCUCCAUUCAGGUCACCAGUCAGAGGAGCAUCCAGCCGGGAAGGCUCUCCAGCCAGAAGCGGCACACCAGUUCACUCCCCGUCACCCAUCCGUGUGCACACCGUGGUUGACAGACCUCAGCAGCCCAUGACCCAUCGAGAGCCUCCACCUGUCACCCAACCUGAAAACAAACCAGAAAGUAAGGCAGGCCCAGCUGGACCGGAUCUCCCUGCUGGACACAUCCCUAUUCAAGUCAUCCGCAAAGAGGCCGACGCAAAGCCCGUUUCCCAGAAGCCACCUCCUCCUGCUGAGAAAGUAGAAGUGAAGGUCACCUCUGCCCCAAUUCCUUGUUCUUCCCCGAGCCCUGCCCCUUCACCUGUCCCUUCUUCCCCCAAGAAUGUAGCUGCGGCUUCGGAACAGAAGGCUGCCCCGAGCCCUGCCCCUGCAGACGCUGCACCCCCCAAGUCAGGGGAAGCCGAAGCCCCACCGAAACAUCCAGGUGUGCUGAAAGUGGAAGCCAUCCUGGAGAAGGUGAAAGGGCUGGAGCAGGCUGUGGACAACUUUGAAGGCAAGAAGACUGAUAAAAAGUACCUGAUGAUCGAAGAGUAUUUGACCAAAGAGCUACUGGCCCUGGAUUCCGUAGACCCGGAGGGACGAGCUGAUGUGCGUCAGGCCAGGAGAGACGGCGUCAGGAAGGUUCAGACCAUCUUGGAAAAACUCGAGCAGAAAGCAAUUGACGUCCCGGGUCAAGUGCAAGUCUAUGAACUGCAGCCCAGCAACCUAGAGUCGGAGCAGCCGCUGCAGGAAAUCAUGAGCAUGGGAGCUGUGGCAGCAGACAAGGGUGAGAAAGAUCCCGAGAACAAAGACCCACAAACUGAAAGCCAACAGCUAGAAGCCAAAGCAGCCGCACCCCCAAAUCCCAGCAGCACGGCAGACCCAGCUGGCAACACGGUGGCUCCAUAGGGCCCUCCACUCGGAGCCUUGGGACUGACAGUGUGCCGUAGAGACGUUUUAAAUUGCAUGCACUGUGGGACUUGCAGUCAGUU